AUGUAUAUAUGUAUCUAUCUAUCUCAUUCUGUUCAUUAUCUAUCUAUCUAUCUAUCUAUCUAUCUAUCUAACAAUUUCUCUUCAUAUCUCUCUCAUUCUGUUCUCUAUCUAUCACAUUCUGUCCAUAUCUAUCUAUCUAUCUCUCAAAUUCUCUGCAAAUCUAUCUAUCUAUCUAUCUAUCUAUCUAAUUCCCUGGAUACCUAUCAAAUUCUCUUCAAAUCUAUCUAUCUCUCUAAUUGUUUCAUAUCUAUUCAAUUUUGUUUCAUAUCUAUUCAUCUAUCUCAUUCUGUUCAUCUAUCUAUCUAUCUAUCUAUCUAUCUAUCUAUCUAUCUCAUUUGUUCGUAUCUAUCUAUCUUUUCGUAUCUAUUAUCUAUCUAUCAUUCAAAUCUAUCUAUCUAUCUAUCUAUCCUAUCUAUCUAUCUCAUUCUGUUCAUUAUCUAUCUAUGUAUCUAUCUAUCUAUCUAUCUAUCUUGA